UGUUAAAUGCGCCUCUUGUAGUCACAUUAGCUCAUCAUAAUGUGUUUUUUUGUCAUCACCGGUUGGAAAGACAUGUCUGACACCAGAGUGAAUUAAAUAAGUCACCACCAAUCUUUUGGGAUCAACGAUUCAGGAUUGCUUGUCGGUUUAUUUCUCACGUGUUCGCAGCCUGCCAACGUGGUGACGGUCCAGCCAUGGCACAGCAGGACGCGCCUGCCAAUAAGGCUGCUGCCCCGAACCUUGCUGCGCUGCACUCCAACUUCAUCAUCGGCUCUGUGUCGGAGGAGAACUCUGAGGAUGAGAUCCUGGGAAAGCCAGACCUGACGCUGGGCCUGGAGGAGAAGGAGCACUCCAUAUCCCCCACUUCUAGCCUCAGCUCAGAGAACAGCACCUACGAGAUGGGCUUCGACCACAUCGACGGCCCCCACAUGAGUAAUUUCAGUUGUUCACACAGACCGAGCAUGUCUGGGCUGCACCUGGUCAAGCAGGGCCGAGACCGGCGUCGCAUCGACCUGCAGAGAGAUUUCACCGUGGCCUCCCCCGCCGAGUUUGUUACCCGCUUUGGUGGGAAUAAGGUCAUCGAGAAGGUCCUCAUUGCCAACAACGGCAUCGCAGCGGUCAAAUGCAUGCGCUCCAUCCGCCGCUGGGCUUACGAGAUGUUUCGCAACGAGCGCGCCAUCCGCUUUGUCGUCAUGGUAACCCCUGAGGACCUGAAGGCCAACGCAGAGUACAUAAAGAUGGCCGACCACUAUGUGCCUGUGCCAGGAGGGACCAAUAACAACAACUAUGCCAAUGUGGAGCUCAUUCUGGACAUUGCCAAGCGUAUACCUGUGCAGGCUGUAUGGGCUGGGUGGGGUCACGCCUCAGAGAAUCCCAAACUGCCAGAGCUGCUCAUGAAGAAUGGCAUUGCCUUCAUGGGUCCUCCUAGCCAGGCCAUGUGGGCACUAGGGGACAAGAUCGCUUCAUCCAUCGUGGCUCAGACAGCUGGCAUCCCAACCCUGCCCUGGAGUGGAGCAGGGCUAACAGUAGAGUGGUCAGAGAGCGACCAGAAGAAGAGGAUCAUCAACGUUCCCCCGGAUCUGUAUGAGCUGGGCUGCAUCCAUGAUGUGGAGGCAGGACUGAAGGCUGCGGAGGUGGUGGGCUACCCCGUGAUGGUGAAGGCCUCCGAGGGAGGUGGAGGAAAGGGCAUCCGCAAAGUCAACUGUGCUGAUGACUUCCCCAACCUCUUCAGACAGGUCCAGACAGAGGUUCCGGGCUCACCCAUCUUCGUGAUGCAGCUGGCCAAACACGCUCGUCACCUGGAGGUCCAGCUCCUGGCCGACCAGUACGGCAAUGCCAUCUCCCUGUUCGGCAGGGACUGUUCCGUACAGCGGCGACACCAGAAGAUCAUAGAGGAGGCGCCCGCCACCAUCUCCACAUCAGACGUGUUUGAGGACAUGGAGAGGUGUGCGGUGAAGCUGGCUAAGAUGGUGGGCUAUGUCAGUGCUGGCACAGUGGAGUAUCUCUACAGCCAAGAUGGCAGCUUCUACUUCCUAGAACUCAACCCUCGUCUGCAGGUGGAGCACCCCUGCACUGAGAUGGUGGCCGACGUCAACCUGCCUGCUGCACAGCUGCAGAUUUCCAUGGGGAUUCCCCUUCACCGUAUCAAGGACAUCAGAUUGAUGUAUGGUGUCCAGCCCUGGGGAGACUCUAUGAUUGACUUUGAGGGUCUGUCCACGGCCCCCUCCCCACGGGGACAUGUCAUCGCUGCACGCAUCACCAGUGAGAACCCUGAUGAAGGUUUCAAGCCGAGCUCGGGCACAGUGCAGGAGCUGAACUUCCGCAGUAACAAGAAUGUGUGGGGAUACUUCAGUGUGGCCGCGGCCGGAGGCCUGCAUGAGUUUGCAGACUCCCAGUUUGGCCACUGCUUCUCCUGGGGAGAGAACCGAGAGGAGGCCAUCUCUAACAUGGUGGUGGCCCUGAAGGAGCUGUCGAUCAGAGGAGACUUCAGGACCACAGUGGAGUACCUCAUCAAGCUGCUGGAGACUGAGAGCUUCCAGCACAACACCAUCGACACAGGCUGGCUGGACAGACUCAUCUCCGAGAAGAUGCAGGCGGAGCGUCCUGACACCAUGCUGGGCAUAGUGAGCGGGGCUCUCCACGUGGCCGACGUCAACCUGAGGAACAGUGUCUCCAACUUCCUGCACUCUCUAGAAAGAGGCCAGGUGCUGCCCGCGCACACUCUUCUCAACACAGUUGAGGUGGAAUUGAUCUAUGAGGGUACUAAGUAUUGUCUGAAGGUGACGCGUCAGUCCCCCAACUCUUACGUGGUCAUCAUGAACAGCACCUCUGCCGAGGUGGACGUCCAUCGCCUCAGCGACGGGGGCCUGUUGCUCUCCUACGACGGCAGCAGCUACACCACCUACAUGAAGGAGGAGGUGGACCGGUACCGCAUCACCAUUGGGAACAAGACGUGUGUGUUUGAGAAGGAGAACGACCCGUCGCUGCUUCGCUCGCUCUCAGCAGGGAAACUCAUCCAGUACACCGUGGAGGACGGGGGGCACGUGUUCUCUGGCCAGUGUUACGCUGAGAUAGAGGUGAUGAAGAUGGUGAUGACUCUGACGGCGCUGGAGUCUGGCUGUAUCCACUAUGUGAAGAGGGCUGGUGCCGUGCUGGAGCCUGGCUGUGUCAUCGCCAAGCUGCAGUUAGAUGAUCCUAGCAGAGUCCAACAGGCGGAGUUGUACCACGGGGCGCUGCCCGUCAUCCAGGCGGUGGCAUUGAGAGGAGAGAAGCUCCACAGGGUCUUCCACAGCACCCUGGACCACCUUGUGCACGUCAUGAAUGGCUUCUGCCUGCCUGAACUCUUUUUCAGUGGGAAGCUAAAAGAAUGGGUGGAGACGCUGAUGAAGACUCUCCGGGACCCCUCUCUGCCUCUGUUGGAGCUGCAGGACAUUAUGACCAGUGUGUCAGGCCGGAUCCCCCUCGCUGUGGAGAAGUGCAUCAAGAAGGAGAUGGCCCAGUACGCCAGCAACAUUACCUCAGUGCUCUGCCAGUUCCCCAGCCAGCAGAUUGCCAACAUCCUGGACAGUCAUGCUGCCACUCUGAACAGGAAGUCAGAAAGAGAGGUGUUCUUCAUGAACACUCAGAGCAUCGUACAGCUGGUGCAGAGGUACCGCAGUGGCAUCCGUGGUCACAUGAAGGCCGUGGUGAUGGACCUGCUUAGGCAGUACCUCAAAGUAGAGGUCCAGUUCCAGAAUGGACACUACGACAAGUGUGUGUUCACACUGCGUGAGGAGAACAAGAGCGACAUGGCCAACGUGUUAAACUACAUCUUCUCACACGCCCAGGUCACCAAGAAGAACCUCCUGGUCACGAUGCUCAUUGACCAGCUGUGUGGUCGUGACCCCACCCUGACUGACGAGCUGAUGGCCAUUCUGACAGAGCUCACCCAGCUCAGCAAGACCACCAACGCCAAGGUGGCACUGCGUGCCCGCCAGGUGCUGAUCGCCUCCCACCUCCCCUCCUACGAGCUCCGCCACAACCAGGUGGAGUCCAUCUUCCUCUCUGCCAUCGACAUGUACGGGCACCAGUUCUGCAUCGAGAACCUGCAGAAACUGAUCCUGUCCGAGACGUCCAUCUUUGAUGUGCUGCCUAACUUCUUCUACCACAGUAACCAGGUGGUCAGGAUGGCUGCCCUAGAGGUGUACGUACGUAGAGCCUACAUCGCCUACGAGCUCAACAGCGUCCAACACAGACAGCUAAAGGACAACACCUGCAUCGUAGAAUUCCAGUUCAUGCUGCCUACCUCCCACCCCAACAGAGGUAACAUCCCAACUCUAAACAGGAGACUGUCUUCCCAGCCCCUGCCCCGUCUUCGGACUCGGGACAUUAAGCCUGUGUCUGUGGACAGUAACAAACAGGACCCUAAAGCACAGGAUGAUAAAACAAAGGAUGAUGCUAAAACGGAGGAGAAUAAACCUCCAGAUACGGAUGACUCUGUGGACAGGAUGUCGUUCUCGUCCAACCUGAACCACUACGGCAUGGUCCACGUGGGCAGCGUGAGUGACGUCCUCCUGGACACCUCUUUCACCCCACCCUGCCAGCGCAUGGGAGCCAUGGUCUCCUUCCGCUCCUUCCAGGAGUUCACCAGGAACAUUAAAGAUGUGAUGAGCUGCUUCUGUGACUCUCCUCCUCCCAGCCCCACCUUCCCAGAGGGUGUGAACCCUGUGCUCUAUGGAGAGGAGGAAACCAAGAGUAUCCAAGACGAGCCCAUUCACAUCCUCAACGUGGCCAUCAAGACUGACAGUGACAUCGAUGACGACGGCCUGGCCGCCAUGUUCCGGGAGUUCACCCAGACAAAGAAAUCCCUGCUGUUUGAACAUGGCAUCCGCAGGCUGACCUUCCUGGUAGCUCAGAAGGAUUUCAGGAAGGCAGUCAACUGUGAGGUGGACCAGAGGUUUCAUAGAGAGUUCCCCAAGUUCUUCACCUUCCGGUCCAGAGACAAGUUUGAGGAGGACAGGAUCUACCGUCACUUGGAGCCAGCGCUGGCCUUCCAGCUGGAGCUCAACCGCAUGCGUAACUUUGCCCUGACCGCCAUCCCCUGUGCCAACCACAAGAUGCACCUGUACCUGGGCGCUGCCCGCGUGGAGGUGGGCACAGAGGUCACCGACUACCGCUUCUUUGUCCGGGCCAUCAUCCGUCACUCAGACCUGGUCACCAAGGAGGCGUCUUUUGAGUACCUCCACAACGAGGCAGAGCGUCUGCUGCUGGAGGCCAUGGACGAGCUGGAGGUGGCCUUCAACAACACCACCGUACGCACCGACUGCAACCACAUCUUCCUCAACUUUGUCCCCACCGUCAUCAUGGACCCCUCCAAGAUUGAGGAGUCUGUGCGCUCCAUGGUGAUGCGUUACGGCAGUAGGCUGUGGAAGCUCCGGGUGCUCCAGGCUGAGCUGAAGAUCAACAUCCGGCUGACGCCCACGGGCAAACAGAUCCCCAUCCGCCUGUUCCUCACCAACGAGUCAGGCUACUACCUGGACAUCAGCCUGUACAAGGAGGUCACCGACUCCCGUACGGGACAGUUGGGGCCUAAAGACCGACAGAUCAUGUUCCAGGCGUAUGGGGACAAGCAGGGACCUCUGCAUGGCAUGCUCAUCAACACCCCCUAUGUGACCAAGGACCUGCUGCAAUCCAAACGCUUUCAGGCGCAGUCCCUGGGCACUACUUACGUCUACGACUUCCCUGAGAUGGUCAGACAGGCUCUAAAGAAGCUGUGGCAGUCCACUCAAACCUUCGCCCACCUGCCCAAAUGCCCUCUGCCCUCUGAGCUGCUCACCUUCACAGAGCUGGUCCUGGACCCACAGGGACAGCUGGUGCAGAUGAACCGUCUACCAGGAGGGAACGAGAUUGGCAUGGUGGCCUGGCGGAUGACGCUCAGGACCCCAGAGUACCCGGCAGGGCGUGAGAUCAUUGUGAUCAGUAAUGACAUCACACAUAAGAUUGGUUCGUUUGGGCCGCAGGAGGACCUGCUGUUCCUGCAGGCCUCUGAGAUGUCCAGGGAGAGUGGCAUCCCUCGUAUCUACAUCUCUGCCAACAGUGGUGCCCGCAUCGGCCUGGCAGAGGAGAUCAGACAUAUGUUCCAUGUGGCCUGGCAGGACAUGGCAGACCCCUACAAGGGCUUCAAGUACUUGUACUUGACCCCUCAGGACUACAAGAAGGUGUCUGCCCUGAAUUCUGUUUACUGUGAACACAUAGAGGACAAGGGAGAGUCCAGGUACAAGAUCACUGACAUCAUCGGGAAAGAUGACGGUCUGGGGGUGGAGAACCUGAAGGGCUCCGGGAUGAUCGCAGGAGAGUCCUCUCUGGCCUACGACGAGGUCAUCACCAUGAACCUGGUGACGUGUAGAGCCAUAGGCAUCGGAGCCUACCUGGUCAGGCUGGGUCAGAGAACCAUUCAGGUGGAGAACUCCCACAUCAUUCUGACUGGUGCUGGAGCUCUCAACAAGGUGCUGGGUAGAGAGGUGUACACCUCCAACAACCAGCUGGGUGGGAUUCAGAUCAUGCACAACAACGGUGUGACCCACAGCACUGUGUGUGAUGACUUUGAGGGAGUCCACAUGCUGCUGCACUGGCUCUCCUACAUGCCCAAGGACCGAUCUAGUCCUGUGCCCAUCAUCAAUGCCAAGGACCCCAUAGACCGGCUGGUGGAGUUUAUUCCCACCAAGGCCCCCUAUGACCCCCGCUGGAUGCUGGCAGGACGCCCCAGCCAGACUCCAAAGGGCCCGUGGCAGAGUGGGUUCUUUGACCAUGGCUCGUUCUCAGAGAUCAUGCAGCCGUGGGCUCAAAGUGUGGUGGUGGGCAGAGCCAGGCUUGGUGGCAUACCUACUGGAGUGGUUGCUGUGGAAACCAGAUCAGUGGAGCUGGCAAUCCCAGCCGAUCCAGCAAACCUGGACUCUGAAGCCAAGAUCAUCCAGCAGGCAGGCCAGGUGUGGUUCCCUGACUCUGCGUUUAAGACAGCACAGGCCAUCAAGGACCUGAACCGCGAGGGCCUCCCUCUCAUGGUGUUCGCCAACUGGAGGGGCUUCUCUGGAGGCAUGAAAGACAUGUAUGACCAGGUGCUGAAGUUUGGAGCCUACAUCGUGGAUGGGCUGAGAGAGUACCGCCAGCCUGUUCUGGUGUACAUCCCUCCCCAGGCAGAGUUGAGAGGGGGGUCCUGGGUGGUCAUAGACCCCACCAUCAACCCCCGCCACAUGGAGAUGUACGCUGACAAAGACAGUCGUGGUGGAGUGUUGGAGCCAGAGGGGACGGUAGAGAUCAAGUUCAGGAAGAAGGACCUGGUGAAGACCAUGAGGAGGGUGGACCCGGUCUACAUGGGCCUGGCAGAGAGACUGGGUACCCCGGAGCUGGGCCUGCCAGAGAGGAAGGAGCUGGAGACCAAACUGAAGGAGCGGGAGGAGUUCCUGUUACCCAUCUACCACCAGGUGGCCGUGCAGUUCGCCGACCUCCACGACACCCCGGGACGCAUGCAGGAGAAGGGCGUCAUCACGGAUAUCCUGGAGUGGCGGACAUCACGUCACUUCUUCUACUGGCGUCUGAGGCGUCUGCUGCUGGAGGACACGGUCAAGAGGAAGAUCCAGGUGGCCAACAGCGAGCUGACCAAUGGACAGAUCCAGGCCAUGCUGAGACGCUGGUUCGUAGAGGCUGAGGGGACCGUCAAGGCUUAUCUGUGGGACAGCAAUGAGGAGGUAGUGGAGUGGCUGGAGAAGCAGCUGAAGGAGGAGGAGGGGGCCAGGUCUGUCAUCGACGAGAACAUCAAGUACAUCCGCAGGGACCACAUCCUCAAGCAGAUACGCAGCCUGGUCCAAGCAAACCCUGAGGUUGCCAUGGAUUCCAUUGUGCACAUGACGCAGCACAUCUCCCCUACACAGCGUGCUGAGGUGAUCCGCAUCCUGUCCACCAUGGAUGCCGCCCCGGCCGCCACCUAGAGGGCCUCCUCUCCCCAGCCUGGCCCCACUGUCUCAGGUGCAGUGGAACUGUGCCAGAAACUGGGGCUGGAGGAGCCAACAUGGCAGCCCGCGGAGGCUGUGCUGUUACUGAUGAUAAAUGUUGUCAAUGAUCCUGGAGGGAGGGGGGAGAGCUGAGACACAGGGCAAUGGUUUUAUUUAUACGUCUGAUGUCCAGGGUAAUGCAUUUAUACGUCUUACAGAAUGUGUUAGUUGUGAUAUCUAUGUAAGUGCAAAAAUGAUAGACAAAGCCAAGACCAGAAACUAUAUAACUAGCAUGAAUGACGACAAGCUUGGGGACCACACAAUUGGCCAAGGUGGAAGCAGCUCUUCAUUUGCGAUCAUAAUGAGCCUCUGUCCUAUUGGACAGGAAAACAUGCAUUGAGUUUGAGUGUUUUGAUGGCGAUCUUGACAAUAAAAUUGCAGCAGAUUGUUGGGAGGGUUUGAGGGUGGAGGGUUUACACACCUUUGCACGGCGCACUUAAUUACUGAUUAAACCCAGGGUAGGAGGUGGAGCGUGGCAUUGUGAUGGGGAUAGCGUGUCGUUCUGCCCUGGGCCUGGAGAGAAGAGCCCAGCAGGAGGCAAGAAGAGGGCCCUAUUCAGACCCAACCACCCCACACUGGCCCUGGGGUGAGCCAUUGGGCAGGCAGGCACACACUGAUGUGGGUAGAAUAGCAGCUGUCACCACCUCUCUGAAUGCACCUUACUGUUCUAUUACUUACAUUAGGCUUCAGUUCAGCACAGCUUUUUCUAUAGUAUACUAGAAGACUGACACAAAAGCAAACACUAAUGGUAAUUGGUGCCAUAAUGGUUGAGAAUUCCAUUUUUCCCUCCCAUGGGGUAUAUUUUUUAAGAAAAUAUGUAAAACAUUUAGGUGACUAAUUUAUUAAAUGGCAAUCAUGUUAGAGAACACUAGAAUUAUACAUUCAGUAUUACAAAAGGUGUGCUUUUAAAAUGUUCUGUAAAUUUGUUUAUUUUGAAGUUACUUUUUAAUUUGUGACGUACUUUACAUAUUGACUUUCCAAGGAGAAAAUGGGUCGUCACUAGUUAGCAUGGCUAAAACCUUUCCUGUUUUAACCACAUGCCUAACCUUAAAGACCAAAAAGCUACGAUAUAGCCAUUUUAACUUUGUCUGUGGUAACUAGUGACWCAGAAAAUGAUAGUAUUGUGUAAACUUGGUUAUGCUCAUUGAGGAACAGUGAUAGAUCCUGGAUACUGUAGUUUCUUUAUGGCAAAGUGAUGGUGGCCUAGCUGCUGGAGAGCCUCAAAUUUAACAUAAUAUUUGAUUCAAUGUAAGGUAAAAAUUGUAUUUUGCCUAGAUGAGAGGAAAUGUAGGAUGACUUCAUGCACAGUGCUAGUCUUAAGUUCUAUUUGUCUAUUGCUGGUAGUCCUGUUACUAAUGAGGUGAUUGGUUGAAUGAGAAAGGUGAAUGUGUUUACUGUAGUGAACUCGAAUUACCUCAGUUCAAAAUUAAUAAAAUAAAGCUUACCUGGUUUGACA